AUGGGAGACUCUGAUGAUGAUAUGAAUGAUGUUCGAGAUAUACCACUCGAUGAAAAGCAUCAAGCAUUAUUACAGACAUUUAUCGAUCGAAGAAUCAUAGAACAAUCAACACUAGCUAAAAUAGUAUCAUCGAUUAAAAAUUAUUAUAGAGAAACAAAUGGAACACCAAAUGAUUAUAUAAAUAAGAUUAAUAGUUCAAUUAUUAGUGUCAGUUUAAAGAUAUCGAAUCUUCGUACUGCCAACAAACAAUAUUGGUGUUUGGUCAAUUUAAAGAUAGACGAAGGAUCAAAACUAGCAACUAAAUAUGCACCUGUUGAAACCACCUAUUUCAAGGUAAUCGUAGAGGCAAUGUUGGCCAAUGGGGGUGAAGCUAGAACAUCUGCUUUGGUCGAUCUCUCCAAAGGUAUCAAAGAUAUGACAAUGACCAAAGCUGAAAGAAUCAUUAGAAUAUUUAAAGAAGAUGGUUGGCUCAAAGAAACUUCAAACACUACCAUUUCUCUUAGUGAUCGAUCAAUCAUGGAUCUUGGUCCACUUCUAGUCGAUUUACCUGAAUGUUGUUUAUGUCAUCAACGUGUAUUAGUUCAAAAUAAUCAUAUCGAUGAUUGUGAACGUUGUAAUGCAAAGAUGCAUCCACAUUGUUUGGAAACCUGGAAAAAGAAAAAUAACAAUUGUCCUUCAUGUAGUCAACCACUUUAA